GCCGCACAGGCACGUGGACCCAGGCCUCACCGUGGGAAGGGGGUGGUGACAGGCACAGGAAGAGAUCGCUCCAAACCAGUUCUCUUGCCUCACUUCUCUUCUUUAUUUUCUACAAGCUAGGUUUUAGCCCUUGACUUCCUACCCUCCACCUGCACCCUGAGUCCCCAACUCCUAUCUCCGAACUCUGGACCCUUCCUAUUCCGGGGCAGUUCAUAAUCUGCAGGGGACAGGGAACAGGUCUUCCCACCCGCCGCCCCAUGCCACCCAGGGGAGCUGCUCCUCGGAGAAGCCAGACGGGGAAUGAGAACACAGUGUCCCCCUGAGGGGGCUGGAUUGGACCCCCAAGCCCUCCUUCCGUGGCCCAGGCCCGCUCCAGGGGACCCCCACCUGGACAGUGCCCAUGGGAAGAGCAGAGGAAGGAAGAGCACACCCCAGCUGGGCGCCUGAGCCAGGGCCCGGGCUCUGUGAGCCCGCCGCAAGCUCCAACUCUGCAUGCCUAAUCGGCUAUUUAAGGAGCUGUUCGCCAGCAACCCCGGCAGCACCCCCCACCCCCACGUACACUCGUCCAGAGCCACCUUAAAAGCAGGAGGCAAUUGUGAAGUCGCUGGCCAGCAAGUGGAGUGAAGAUUGUAGAGGUAGAUUAACAAAGAGAGAGAGAUUUGUCCUAGGGACCCAAAACCCUUCGGUACCCUACUGAAAACCAAAUCCUCUGGAAGCUCACAGAGACAGCAAGGGAAAAAGAGAUAAAUACAAUCAGCUCAGGCCCAAGAAACUCCUCUCUCACUCUCUCUCUCUCCGUCCCUCCCUCCCUCUCCCUCUCCCUCCCUCUCCCUCUCCCCCACAACUCCUUCUCUGCCAACCCUAGCCCUCUAGUCCCCAAACUCCCAGUACCUGCUUCUUGCGGGGACACCAUGUUGUUCUUCACUCUCCUGCUGGAGGUGAUUUGGAUCCUGGCUGCCGAAGGGGGUCAACACUGGACAUAUGAGGACAGACAGAGUGACUUUUGACCCUGAGUUGCCCGCUCUGCAGCCCCAUGGAUAUGACCAGCCUAGCACUGAACCUUUGGACCUGCACAACAAUGGCCACACAGUGCAACUCUCUCUGCCCCCUACCAUGUAUCUGGAGGGACUUCCUCGAAAAUAUGUAGCUGCCCAGCUCCACCUGCACUGGGGUGAGACAGGGUCCCUGGGCGGAUCAGAGCACCAGAUCAACAGUGAAGCCACAGUUGCAGAGCUCCACAUUGUACAUUAUGAUUCUGAUUCCUAUGACAGCUUGAGUGAGGCUGCUCCGAAGCCUCAGGGCCUGGCUGUCUUGGGCAUCCUCAUUGAGGUGGGUGAGACCAAGAAUCCAGUUUAUGAACACAUCCUGAGUCACUUGCAUGAAAUUAGGCAUAAAGAUCAGAAGACUUCAGUGCCUCCCUUCAACGUGGGAGAGCUGCUCCCCCCACAGCUGGACCAGUUCUUCCGCUACAACGGCUCGCUCACCACACCCCCCUGCUACCAGAGCGUGCUCUGGACAGUCUUCAGUCGAAGGGCUCAGAUUUCGAUGGGACAGCUGGAAGAGCUUCAGGAGACAUUGUUCUCCACAGAAGAGGUGCCCUCUAAGCUCCUGGUACGGAACUACCGAGCCCCCCAGCCUCUCAAUCAGCGAACAGUCUUUGCUUCUUUCAUCCAAGCGAGAUCCUCCUACACUACAGGUGAAAUGCUGAGUUUAGGAGUGGGAAUCUUGGUUGGCUGUCUUUGUCUUCUACUGGCUGUUUAUUUCAUCGCUAGGAAGAUUCGGAAGAAGAGGCUAGGAAACCGGAAAAGCGUGGUCUUCACCUCCGCACGGGCCACAGAGGCAUAGACUCCCUCGCCGACAUCAUAGAUGCCUUCCCCUCAUGCCAAUCAGGGAGCUUCUAAAAUGAGCUGCAGGGACUGGCCAGAAGUAGUGGGCAGACACCCCUCCUUCCUCCAGACAGCCCCUACAGAGAGGCACGGACAGGCUCUUGUUCAUGGAAUAAGAGCAGAGCCUUCGACCUCUCAAAACCUAUAGAUCAGGACAACCCCAUGUUAACAAUGCAGACAGCAAACUGUGUCUAGUUGUAGGGGAAGGUGGGGAUGUAACCCCCAAAGUCCUCCACCCCCUCGCCUUUAUGUCCUUUUCCCUAGAUAUAGGGUAGGACCUCCCCUUAGGAAAAAGACUUGUUGCUGUUGGGGUUAUGUAUUUUUUUGCUCAACAUACCUGGAAAUUAAAGUUUCUAAUCCCA